AUGCCUCACGCAAAUAAGAAAGGGUCCUGCCAUGUUCUUUCUUGGUUUAGUGGUUUGACAAUCUUGUUUGUGAAUUUAGAUAUGGCUAACAAUUUAGACACAAUGGGGAAAAUCCCACCUGGGAUUUGGCUUAUAAGGAAAAUAAGAGGCAAAGAUUGGAGUCUUAAGACUUAUAGGUACAUGGUUUUGUUGAUCACUUUCAUUGCAUAUACUAGUUACCAUGCAUCAAGAAAACCCAGUAGCAUAGUCAAGAGUGUAUUGGAUCCUGAACCCAACAAGACCACAAACGUGUACCCUUGGCCAAUUGGAAGCGUCUUUGUUAGAGAUGAAUUCCUGGGUGAAAAGAAGGAUAAGUUUGGAUAUAAAGGCUGGGAACCUUUUAAUGGGAAAGAUGGGACAAAGAAAUUGGGUUUGAUUGAUGUUGCAUUUCUUGCUUGUUAUUCUUUGGGAAUGUAUGGUGCUGGCCAUUUAGGCGAUAAGUUGGAUUUGAGGUUGUUUCUGACUUUUGGGAUGAUUGGUAGUGGAAUUUUUGUGGGGUUAUUUGGUAUGGGAUAUUUUUGGAACAUUCAUGUUUUCGGAUUUUAUUUGGUUAUGCAAAUGGUUGCUGGGUUGUUUCAAGCCACGGGUUGGCCUUCUGUUGUGGCUGUGAUUGGUAAUUGGUUUGGGAAAAGGAAGAGAGGGUUAAUAAUGGGUAUUUGGAAUGCACAUACUUCAGUUGGGAAUAUUACUGGCUCUCUUAUUGCCGCAAGUGUUUUGGACUAUGGUUGGGGAUGGUCUUUUAUUGCUCCGGGAACGUUUAUUGCACUAGCAGGGAUAUUUGUUUUCUUGUUUUUAGCUGCUUAUCCCGAGGAUAUUGGAUUUCCUUGCCCAAAUGGCCCAGCGGCAAGGGAAGAGGCAGUGCCUCGCGACUUAGAAGCUCAAACACGGAAUGAAGGUAUUGUGGAAGAGGGGAAGAAUGCUCCCGUCCCAGACAGAUCUGGGGCUAGGAGAAGUGUUGGGCUUCUUGAAGCUUGCUUGAUACCAGGAGUGAUACCAUUUGCAUUUUGCCUGUUCUUCGCCAAGCUCGUGGCUUACACGUUUUUGUAUUGGUUGCCGUUUUAUUUGAGUCAGACAGGUGUUUUCUGGCCUCCAAUUUCUGAUAUUAGAAUUUUACGUAAUAGUGCAAUUUUUUUAACUGCAGAAAUUGGUGGAGAAUACAUGUCCGUGAAGUCAGCUGGAAAUCUAUCAACUCUGUUUGAUGUGGGAGGCAUUGUUGGUGGAAUUCUUGCUGGCCAUAUAUCCGAUAAACUUAGAGCUCGAGCUAUUACAGCAGCAAGUUUCAUGUAUGCUGCAAUUCCUUCUAUGCUUUUAUACAGCCUAUAUGGGAGUCUCUCACAGAGUAUGAACAUCGUACUCAUGAUGAUUACUGGCUUACUCAUAAAUGGGCCGUAUGCACUUAUCACAACGGCAGUAUCUGCUGACCUUGGUACUCACAGUUCUCUUAGAGGGGAUUCUCGAGCACUGGCAACAGUGACUGCCAUAAUUGAUGGUACUGGAUCAAUUGGUGCAGCUCUUGGUCCUCUUCUCACUGGGUUCCUUUCAUCAAAAGGAUGGAAUGAAGUUUUUGUGAUGCUGAUGCUCGGUGCUCUUAUUGCGGGGCUUCUCUUGUCAUGUCAGGUUGUGGCUGAAAUUAAUGAGAAGACUAGUAAAUUGAUGCGUUCAUCCAGUGGACAGCAAAAUUCUCAAGGUAAUGUAAUGAACUGGCUAAUCCCGUAA